AUGUUUAAGUGGGUCCUCUAUAAUGCAGCUUGAUGGGCAUAAAUGAGAACAUAAAAGUAUCAGAGGCCUGUUUGAAUUCAGGAAGACAUUGUGCAGUUACUAAUAAUUGACAAGAAGAAUGAAUGUCGCCAUCUCCUUGUGUUUGAUAUUAGUUGGCCUUUGUACCAUCACCCAAGGCCAUCAUGAUGGUGACACACACAAUGGAACAAGUGUAGCUGCUCUCAAGCUGCAUCCCAGCACUGUUCACUUUGCCCUUGAAUUGUACAAGGAGCUUUCUUCAGCAUCACCUGGCAAGAAUAUUCUCUUUUCACCCAUCAUUAUCUCCGCUGCUUUCUCACUUCUCUCAUUGGGGGCAAAAUCUGCCACCCACACUCAGAUUCUAGAAGGCCUUAGCUUUAACUUAACAAAUAUCCAAGAGAAAGAGAUCCAUAAUGGAUUACAUGACCUAUUAUCUGCGCUGACCCACUCAGAUAAUGAGAUCAAGCUAGAUAUAGGACAGGCCUUGUUUGUAAGGGAACAGCUAAAGCUACUACCGGAGUUUUUGGAUCAUGUCAAUGCCCACUACACAGCAGACAUCUUACCUGCAAAGUUUCAGGAACCAAAAGAAGCUGAGAAACAGAUCAACGAUUAUGUAGAAAAGAAAACCCAUGGGAAAAUUAUGGACUUGGUCAAGGACCUUGCACCAGAAACUGCAUUGGUUAUAAUAAGCUACAUAUUGUUUCAAGGCAACUGGGAAAAACCUUUUGAUCCACAAUGGACAAGAGAAGAGGAUUUCUUCGUGGAUCAGAACACAACGGUCAGAGUCCCCAUGAUGCAGAGGAUGGGUUGGUUUCACUACUAUUUCGAUGAGGAGCUGUCUUGCGUAGUUGUGCGACUGGACUACAGCGGAACUGCUAAAGCAUUUUUUGUCCUGCCUGACGCCGGAAAAAGCGAGCAGUUAGAGAAGGCGCUCUCAGAGGAGGUUCUGGCCAAAUGGGCAGAAAAAGUUCAGCGCAACACAGCACAGGUGCAUCUUCCAAAAUUUAAUAUGUCUACCAGCUAUGAGCUGAAGGAGCCCCUCAAGAAAUUGGGCAUAACCGAUGUCUUCUCUGACCAUGCUGAUCUAUCUGGGAUCACUGACCAGCCUUUGAAAGUGUCCAAGGUUACCCAUAAGGCUGUGCUGGCUCUUGAUGAGAAGGGUACUGUGGCGGCAGCAGCCGGUGCUGUAGAAGCCAUGCCUAUGUCUAUGCCACCAACCAUUAGAUUCAACCAUCCUUUUUUAGGUUUUAUUGUGAGAAAUAAUGUUGUACUCUUUGCUGCCAAGAUAGUAGACCCCUCUGAGUCCUAAGCUCAGCGAAUGCAGCUCCUGAAUAAAGAAAGCAUCUUUGUAACCUGA